AUGUGUGUCCUGUGGCUACUCCUGGGUCUCCUUGCACUGGCUGCCUCAUCUGAAAGCAGCAACUGGGGAUGCUAUGGCAACAUUCGAACCUUGGACACCCCCGGAGCGUCUUGUGGGAUUGGAAGACGUUAUGGUCUGCCCUACUGUGGAGUCCGUGCUUCUGAAAGGCUGGCGGAAAUAGACAUGCCACGCCUCCUGAGAUAUCAACCCAUGAUGCGAACCGUGGGCCAAAGGUACUGUGUGGAUCCUGCAGUCAUUGCUGGAGUCUUGUCCCGGGAGUCUCAAGGUAGUAACGUUCUGGUCCAUGUGGGCUCCGCAGAUGAUGGAAUCAGAGCGGCGCAGGUAACCGGGCCAGCCCUUUAUGCUCCCACAUCUUGGAUCAGUGAGCCCCAGGUUUCCCAGCUGACUGAGGUCCUGACUGCCAGAAUCAAAGAAAUCCAGAGGAGAUUUCCCACCUGGACCCCCGACCAGUACCUGAGAGGUGGACUCUGUGCCUACAGCGGUGGUCCCGCCUACGUCCGAAGCACCCAGGACCUGAGCUGCGAAUUCUGCAAUGAUGUCCUUGCUCGAGCCAAAUACCUCAAGAGACAUGGCUUCUAG